GUUUAACCAAUGAAUGAUAAAUUUUGACGAGAAUUCAAUAAAAACUAGGGAGAAGACAAAUUUUCAUUUCAGUGGUUAUGCAGGGCGGUGUUCCAAAUUUAUCUGAUAUGAGUAAACGGACGACAUUCCCAAGAGAGUACAUUAUGAAGCGCUUUUCAAAUAAAAUACAUUAUAACACCGAUUCGUCAACUUUGUUCUGUACACUUUUUCAAAUUAAAUACUAGUUUAGUUCAUUUUAAAACAGUGAGUUGAGAUAGCUAUACUCUCUGUGGUUACUUAACCGAAGCGACUGAACCAAUUUAUCAGUUUAUCUGAUUCACACAGCUUCGGUGAAAUUAUGGGAUCCUUCAGUCAUGUUUCAGUAAAACUGUCAAACUGUCAACUACAAAACUAUAUUUUCUUCGGCAAAGCACUCGCAGUGUUCUUCGGUCUUUGUGUUAUUCAACAGGCGGUUUUUGCGUAGUUUUGGUCCUAGUUUUCUGUAUAACACAAUGAAUUUUGGCCUUUUUCUUUGACCGCUCACACUGACUACACUAGCGUUCUACUCGCAAGUACUGACGAAGUACCAGAAAUGUGAUUAUUUUAUACGAAUUGAUUCCCUGGCAUUGUUCAGUUCUGUGAUCAAGAAAAUAACCCAUAAUAUCCUCAAGUUGAAGAUUUUCUUGAUUUUCUUUACCCGCUUCUUUUGGUUUAUUUGUACAAAUGCCGACCUCUCGCUGUAACAUUGUGUAUUCCACAUCACUCUGCAUAGUAAAUUCAGGCUUUUUAUGAUCAGCUGUCUUCUGUGUUAGUCUUGUCAGCCGUGUCGGAUCUCUGUCCUUCCCGCUAAAACAUCGUUUAAAUCACAAUAAAGUUGGAUGAGACGGUUGAUCCAAAACUACAAGAUAAGCCUCCGACGGAGAUAGCUGAACAAAUAGGAAUUAUAGAAAAACGUGUUUCAAUCAAUUCGCUCUCAGUCUCUCAGCUCGGGCUUUCGAUCGAUUGAUCGGUUUAAGCACUAUGCUACACCUGAUCCGGGUUUUGACAUGGAUCAACCUUUUUCCAUUAAGACCGUGUUUUCAGGCUUUCGAUUCAAGAGAUAUAGAUCAUUCUGUUCCGAUAAGAUUAACUUUUUUGUAGCCUCUUUGUCACUUUCAAUACAUGUACUUAAAGACGUACAUGACAUUGCUAAGGAUAAUAUUGUGCAAUGUUUUCACGUCGAGUUUUACCGUAAAGUACGUUGCUUGUAUUGCAAAAUUAUUCUGAAGGGACAGGAAACCUAACUGAAGCAUCUUUGUCAUGCAUGAAAAAUUUCUAUACUGGAAUUCAAGCGUGAUUUAUUUUGCUUUUGUGAAGAAUCGCCUUUUUCAACUAUCGGCUGAACGGUUUUUUUACAUGGUCUGGCACCACAAUCCGGGCGUGAUUUAAUUAAAUUCAAAGCACGUCUCAGCGAAAUAAUUGGCCUUGAAUUUGCGCAUAAAACAAACAGAAUACCGAACAAACACGAAACGCGAAAUUUCGCCAAUUAAAUUCAUUUACUAUCGGUUAUUAGGCAAACCAAAGCAAUUGAAAGACACUCCUUCGAAAAAUUUAGGUAUAUUAAAAAUCCUGGAAUAUAAACUCGAUUUCAAUUGCUACGAUAAAUUAUUUGUCCUGAUGGUUAACAUGAAUCAAGCAAUUAAAUCAAAAAUAUUGGCCAGCCCCUACACUUAGCCGAGCAAAAAAAUCGAAUAAACGUUAAUUUAAAAUUGAUCUUAAGAGAUUUGUGUGUUGAUACAGUAUAUUCAAGGAAAAUGUCGGAGUCCAAAAGAAUGACAAGCAUUGUAUCGAUUUAAAAAUGACGCCAAAAAAUUUAGCCGUGUACUCAAGGAACUGCCGUGCAAGGUUUACCGAAAUGAUAGAUUCAAAGCUUGAGCUUUGCUUUGAAAGAUCCGGAUUUCGUCAGGUUUAUUGAAAACACAUAAAUGUCGGAAACGAAUUUGCUCAAUGCUAAUGUAUGAUAAAUCACUUGAGUCAAGGUGAGACUUUUUAAUACAAAAGACAAAUUUAUAGUAAACUUGUGAAACUUGACUGAUAUUAUUGAGUGCUGCCAUGGAUCAACUUUAAUAUUGAAAGUACAUGAGCCAUGAAGUGAUUUUGGGGCUAGAAGCAUCUAUCUGUAGCUUUAUCGCCGAUUCUCUGUUAGUUUUUAUUUUAUUACUGAAUUUAUAUUAUAGCAAAAUAACGAAAUUCUUUAACCUUGCUAUAAAGAAAUUCUCCACUUUUCUAGAGUACAACAAAGGAGAAUUUCCAGUGAUGGUACCACGGUUAUUUCAUUCUUAAAUUAGGUUUUUAUCGUGUAAUCGCCACAGACAUCAGUCAGGUUAGAGACAUAAGAGCACGACAUAUGCACAAAAUAGAUCCUUUUUGACCCAAAUUUGAUUGGCCCUUGAGGCAUAACUGGGAAAUCUUUGCACGUAACAUUUUUAAUUCUACGAAAAGCACGUGCAGGAAUUGCACACGGAAUUCUGAAUCCGUGCAGUGAAAUUAUGGUCUGCUUUCUUAUCUACAGAAAGUAUGAUUUUUAAUUUAAUUUACGCGCACCAGUAACAGAUAGGGCACGGAUAUUAGGCGGGUUAUGAAUGGUUAAAAAUGAUCCACGUGGUUGUGACAGAAUACGAGUGAUUAUUCUGAAUUUUCAUCUUUACUAUAGUUUACUCAAAUACAUAUUAAAGUUCUCAAGUUCUUGCCAUGCCUUAGGUACUUACCUUGUUUGAGCACGGAAUUCAUUCCCGUCUUGAAAAUUGAUCAACUGAACAAAAACUGCCAAAUUGUGAUGCUUUUUGUAUACUUUGGGGAUAAAAAGUUUUUGAAACAGGACGAAACAUACUCCUUCCUGUGUUAUUAUGCUAAUUGUGGCAAAAGGUUAGCGAAUGAUUCAUUUCUCCCUUAUUUAGCGUAAACAGAUCGAAAUAAGAAAAGUUGUUGUCCCAAUAGGGAUAUUAAUUAUCAUAGUUUUACCGAUAUUAGACUUUCGCACCCCUCAAACUAUUUAUUUAUAUUGCAUUUUUACCGCCGUUUCCUUACGAAAAAGGCAAUCUUUACGCAGGGUCGCUGUUACUGGUUUAAGUAACACUCCGUGUAAAGGUCAAAUUUCACAAUCUUCAUUUCAAUUUGUUGGAAAAUGGCCAAACCGAAGCCUUGUCGUUUAAUGUUUUUCAUUUCCUUUAGUAUUGAAUAUCCGGCUAAAUAAAAGACGGUCCGGCUAAAUAAAAGACGGGCUUCACAGAAAGAAAAUAGCUUUUGAUUACCGGCGUCUCUUUGAUAUAAGCACAUUGUAAAAAUAAGCCUUUUAUGUGAUUUAAUUCUGUUGCAAGUUUUAAACGCGGAAGAUGUGGAGAGAAAAAGAUUGAAGUAGAUAUAUCUUUUUGUAAAUUUAGUGAAGCUCGGGGAUUCGCGGAAAAGUGGUGUAAUUUGCUUUAAUACUCUUGUGAAACCAGAAGGUAUGCUAAUUUUUAAUUCGCGACCCAUUUGCCUGAAAGAACGACAUUUUACUUCUCGCACAGAAAUCCUUGGAAUUAACAUUACUUAUAUUAAAAAAGAGUGAUAGAUGAUCACUUGGACUGUGUUGAACAAGGUGGGCUCGGUUAUCGAUUUUUCUAAAGGUUACCUGACUCAAACCGCGCAAAACGAUCACCAAAUCACAAAAUCAAUGUACGUGAGAUCAUGAAUUAUUGUCAGGUGUAGUGAAUCAAAUGCAUUUUAAAUAAACUCCAUAGCGAACACACGGCCUGCCUAAUCAAGUCGAAAUAUAACACAAAGCUUUCACAGUGUUAGCCCUGGAAAAGACGGCAAACGGUGCAACAUAAUAUUCUUUACAUUUUUCAUUUUGCGUAACUAUUGACAGCUAACUACCCGGACCUUGUCAAUAUUUUAAUUUAGACUUGAUAAUUUUAAGCUAAUGAGCAUCACCGAGAAAGUGUUUCAUAUAACUGGGAAAACGUCGACCUUAGGCCGGUUAACGAUUAAACAUCUGUGAACUGAACAACAACUUUAGUUAAACAGUAUUACUGAUAUCAUUGCAAACAAGUCGGAGACUUAAGUAUGUCGGCUUAAUUUGGUUCCAAAGAGGACAAGAAAACAAAGAUUGAGAAAAAACGCAAAACCUACAAGAUUGGUCUAAGAGUACCCUUCAUCGGAGCAAGAAAAUAAAUUUGGAUUGUCGUAAAUAGCCUGCGCGAGUUGCGAAAAAGGCAAAACGGAAAAUCCAUGAUUAGCAACAAGUGCUGGAUUUCCUUUGACUGGUAGAAGCAGAGAAGGAAUGAAAAAACUGCCAUGAAUGAGCUUAUAUGGGUAAUGAAGUUUAUCCUUUUACUAGCUUUCAGAGAAUUAUAAAUGAAAGAGAAGAAAUGAGGCGACAGAACUGAUAUUUGCUUUAGAAGCUUGUUCAAUUUGAAUCAAACUCACCCCACCCUUCUCGGGUUUACCUCGUUUAAUUUUGGCAUCUGACAAAAACCUUUCGUGAGCAAUUUCAACAUUUCGUGACUUCUUUAAAACGAAACUUAAACGCCUUGCUGUUUAAGAAAUCGUUGCAGAUAUGGAACGAAACGUUUUAAAUGCGAUACAAAGAUAACAUCUUAGAUGCGAGAUCGUUUCGUGACUUGAGAACGCUAUUUACCUUGUUAGCACCAAGUGCUUACUCAACUUAGUGUAUAAUGCUCAAACGUGAUAUCACGUCCAGCGUGUAAUGCUCAGACUUGAUAUCACUGCAAAAUGUAAAACAACUUGAAACAAAAACAAAACCAAAAUAUCGUUAAUAGAUGACUAAAUUGUAUCAAUUUUUGUUGAUUCAUUUGCUGUCAAAACUUUUAUUGGUGGUAUUUCGUCUGCAAUUAGUACUCAGCUCGAUUUUUAUAAAUUCUUUUCAUUGAAAAACUUUUUUUGAAUAUAUUUUUAAUAACAGCACUUGUUUUUCAGAUAUAGAAAUCAUACUGUUGUUGGAAAGUAUUUUCCGCCCAGGCAUAAAAGUAAUAAUGUAUACGAAUGAACGAAUAUAUCAAAGCGAAAUUGUUGAAUUCUUAUCUAACGUGAAUAAAAAUUGUAUCUGCACGCAUUACGGACCAGCCAAUCAGGAAUUUAAGAGCGAGUAUUCAAGUACGUCUCACAGAGUAAAAGGAUUGCACAUGGUAAAAUUAAAGUUCAAAUUAUCCAUACGAAACAAAGAAAAACUGAUCAAGAAAGUUAUUUGUCAUAUUUUACAACAAACUAAUUUUCUUUUAGAGAUUUUCCUUUCGGUGUUUCCUCUGAGUUUAAUUAAUCUUUGUCAAGAUGGCAUCGACCGGUACUUUUUCCAGCGUGGGAGAAUAUUACUUUGAGUGAAUUAUAGCGAGGCGCAGACGCCCGCCCUUGUGUUACGUUCCGAGCUCUCACGAAAUUAAAGGUGGAGUCGGAAUAUAAAUUGCCUAUCAGUUAAGCCAGAUAGUCGGCGUGGAUUUCCACUCUUUUGACAAAACCUGAAAUCGCUGAGACUCGGCCUUUACUGUGUUGGUUAGAUGCAGCGAUCGAAUGAAAUUUACUACUACUACUACGAAAUACGAAACUGAACUCAACAUGUCACGGUGCCGACAAAGGGUAGUCGACAAGUACGAGUGAAUGCAGACUACGGUGAGCGUCACUCAUUAUUCUGUCAUUGACUACAAAGAAGUGUAGAUCGUGGUCUUCAUGCGGCGAAACCACCAUGGUGACUGUCAUUACUAACAAGCUGAAAAAUCAGUCUCUCGAGGAUCUCCCGAAUAAUGAGCCGGAGAUAAGUGCAAUCCAACUCCGAGCUAACCCUGCCCGAACUACGCACAUUUCAGAAUGCCCCCUCGCACACAGGCUGCGUCGAGAUGUGCGCCAGAUUAUCGGGCACUCACGGACGCGGAGUUACCCAUCACAUCGACCUAGACGAACAUACUGCAAGAACUGUUCUUCAAGCGACUCAUCUGCUAUGCACAGGAGUGCUCAGCCACCCGCUAAUAAGAAAUUAUGUUCUUCACUCUCGCUACCAGGGUGUGAAAGCGCAGAGGUGCAAUCAUCCUGGGUUCCACGAGCUUCAUCGGUUUGGCAACCGGUGGAAAACUGCGGGGUAAAACCACGGUCUGAAUCGUGCCCGGACGAGAAAUUUAACUUGGCUGAGUCGCUGUGGAUGAACAACGAGGUAGAAUCCAUUUCAACACCUCCUGCCUCGCCAACACCAAGACCUGCUUCAGCAGAUGCAGCACUCGGGGAAAAACACCCAUCCACGAAAAACGAAAGGACUGAUUCUGUUCUCACGGCGAACAAGAUUAGCAAUGCUAGAGACUUUAACUUUAAUUGGAAACCGAAUCUAGCGGGGUUGCAAAGAAGCCGUUCACAACCCUGCUUCGAUCGAAAGAGAAGUGGUAUGAAGAGAAGGAUAGAAGAGGACUUCGACGCCAGGAGACCUGCAUUGGACUUGGCGAAAAUGGAAGAGACCUCGUACUACCGUUGUCGAGACAGAAAAAGGGGCCUACGGAUUCCAAAAUACAUGAAUAAAAAGUAUUCAAGAGAAUUAACAAGCUAUUUCGCGGAGCCGGAGAAUUUUACGCUGAAACCGAUCGCUUCAUCUCCCCUGUACGCCCAGGACAGCAGUAUUAUGAUCACCCCAACCUCGUCUCCAACGAAGCAAAUGGAUUCAGGAAUCGAAAUCGUCGAAGGCUUUGAAGAAAACAACAAGAUAUCAGACCUGGAAAACGGCAGAUUGAAUAAUUUAAGCCCUAAAGCACAGGACGAAGGAGUUUUUCAUUUAGAUUAUAAUUCCGACCUCGAUUUGAACUCUAUUGAAGACGAUCUUUUAUAGGAAAAAAAACACUUUGGCAUGUACAGUCUUUUAAACUUUCAAAGUUUGUAAAUGAAGCCGCUCGUACGUGGACCACUUACCAAAACAAACAUUUAUUUAUUGCCUUGUAUUUAGAUCCUAGAGUUGUAUUAUCUCCUUGAAUAUAUCCAUGUAGAAACAGGUCUUGUAUAUUUUUGCAUAUAUUAAGACUGUGUUACGCAGAUGAACAAUUUUUGCACGUUGUUCCAGCUAACAUGAAGUUAGGAAGAUACGAAAUUCAACGAAAGGAUGUAUUAAAAUGGGAAGAGAUGGAUCUUAUAAGAUAUUAAAGAGAUUGUUUAAUAGA